CACUGCCCAUCCGGCCCAUGUACAUAAAUGGCUGGACGGGAGCAGUGCAGGAGCGGGUUGACGGUCAUAAACGGCACCCCACAUUUACAGCCUGUGCGUGCUCCCUGGGAGCGCACAGCACCGCAACCCGUUGCCCGCUGUGUCCGGAGGACACGGGAACACCGAUCGCUGCACGGGGACCUCUGUAUGAGGUCCCGAUCAUGUGAUCACUGCUUGGCCAAUCAGUGAUCACAUGAACAGUAGUAAACAAGAUGUCACUUGCUGACAUCAUUGCUUACUACUAGUGAAAUAUGUGCAUGAUCACAGAAGUCACAUGGUACAAGACUAUUCACAACAGCCUUGUACCAUGUGACAAGAUGUGACCAAUCACAGCUCUCACAGUA